CAGUUCUGCUUCCCCCUCUCUUUGGCGCUCUGGUUUCGCCUUCGCGACCCUGCACGGGAGCCUGAAGUGCAUAUGCUAUCAUUUCACCGCAAUGUGUUCUUUUCGGAGAGCGGCUGUAGAGCCGGGUUUCUUCCGCUUCCGGGAUCCGUGAGGAUUGCAGCAAAGCGGAGACAUGGCUAAGCGGAUGAUUUAUCCUCUGUACCAGUUCGGUAAUCCUCAAAUAAGGGUUUUCCGGAGCAAUUACUUCUUGAAACUGGUGAGGCCUGGUGUUCCUCAGCCAGAAGACACAGUACAAUUCCGCAUCCCUUUGGAAAUGACUCGACUGGAAUUAAAAGAUUACAUGGAGAAUAUCUACAAAGUGCCUGUGGCUGCUAUAAGAACCAGGAUACAGCAUGGUUCCAACAACAAGAGGGACUACAAAAACAGACGUAUCAAGAAACCAGAUUACAAGGUUGCAUAUGUACAACUGGGCGCAGGACAGACUUUUCAGUUUCCAGAUUUGUUUCCAGAAAAACCAAAAACCAUUGAGCCUGGCUCUCUUGAUGACAUCCAGAAGAAAUUCAUGGAGGAGGAGGCACAGAGGCAAAAAGAUGACCCCAAAAGAUCAGGAGUUCCUAGCUGGUUUGGACUUUGAGAAACUCAGUCUGCAGUUUUUUGUUUUGGUGCCUGGCAGAACUGCAGCCUGUACUGGUUUCAUUUUGUGUGUAAACUUAAAAAAAAAGCCUUUGUAAAUAUCUUGCUGGUACCAUUUUCAAGCAGGAGAUUUUUUUUAAAGAAGCAAAAAGAACUUUCUGUCUUGUUAUUUUUGAGUAUGGAAAGAUGUAUCACGUGAGCCGAUCAUCCUUCCUGCUGUAAGUAGCUUAUUGGAGCAUUUGGAAAUAGCAUCUAUAAGGGGGGUUGAGCUAAUCAGCACCUGUAAUGCUGCAAGGGCCAAUCUAUGAGUCACAAUGACCUGUCAAAGCUAAUGGGCAGACUGUGUUGGAACUAUGUUUGGGCAGACUCUAGGAACUAUGUUUUCUCCAGAACAGGACAGAGUGGGGGUAUGUUCUGUGGAGGAUGUUGCACAAAAUGCAUUCUGACACCCUGAAGGAAGGGUUCUAAACUUUCAAAACACGUGUAAUCCAAUCAAACUAGACUCAAUAAACAAGAUUCUUCUGGCAA